GAUACGCGGGGAUGAAGAUCUUGCAGCCCGUCACGAGGGCUUCCCUCCGCCACGACCAGCUCCUCGAGGAGCUGCGAUGCGCGGCGAUCAAGCCCAAUCUCUCGCAGACCAAGCGGCUCCACGACCAGAUCCUCGCCAAUGCUCGCAUCCGCCAGAAGCCCUUCCUCCUCAACCGGCUGAUCUACCUGUAUGGCAAAUGCGGCGCGCUCGAUCAGGCCUGGGAGGUAUUCGUGAACAAGUACCAGAGAGAUUCCUUCUCCUGGAACUUGAUCAUCGCGGCCUACGCAGAGAAUGGAAGAUUAGAGAGAGCGAGGGAAGUUUUCGACAAGAUGGACGAGCCAGAUGUGGUUACCUGGACGACGAUGCUCCGCGCCUACGCCCAAGCCGGGCAGAUCGCCGAGGCGCGGCGGCUCUUCGAUCGCAUCUCCUCGCCCGACACCGUCGCCUACAACACGAUCAUCGCGGCCUACAUCCACGCCAGGGAGCUGGAUCAGGCGCGGCAGCUCUUCGAUCGGAUGGAGAAGAAGAGCAUCUGUACCUGGAAUUCGAUGAUCGCGGCCUAUUCCCAGCUCGGGGAUCUUGAAAUAUCAAGAUCCAUGUUCGAUGCGAUGCCGCGGCGCAGCGUAAUCACCUGGAACUCGCUCGUCACGGCCUACGCUCGAUCCGGCGAGCUGGAUGCUGCGGACAGCCUCUUCGAUCGGAUGCCGCAGCGCGACGUCGUCUCCUGGACCGCGAUGCUCGCCGCAAAUACCCUAGCCGGGAACCUCGAUCGCCUCCGCGCGCUCUUCGAUGCGAUGCCCGAGCGCAAUGCCGUGUCGUGGAACUCGAUGAUCUCAGCGCACACGCACCGCGCGCGGCCGGACGACGCGCAGGAUUUCUUCGAUCGAAUGCCAAUGCACACAACCCUAGCCUGGAACACGCUUCUCUCCGCGCACGCCCAGGUCGGCAACGUAGAGGGCGUGGAGUGGAUAUUCCACCGCAUCCCAGAGAAGAACUCCCUCUCCUACACCGCCAUGGUCCGGGCAUAUUCCCAGAACAAUUUGCUAGAGCAGGCGCGUCGCGUCUUCGAUUCCAUGCCCCAAUUCGACAUCGUCUCAGCAAAUGCCCUUCUUACCGCAAAUGCCCUAAUGGGGGAUCUAGAGUCAGCAAAGCGUAUCUACGCCCAGAUUCCCUUCCCAAGCCCCGCGGCGUGCACGACCAUGAUCACAGCAUAUUCCCAGCAAGGGAAUAUCCGGCAGGCAAAGAUUCUCUUUGACUCCCUGCCCGAGCCGGACGUGGUAUCUUGGACCGCGAUGGCCGCGGCAUUUGCCGACAACGGGAAUAUCCUCGAGGCGAAGCGGAUAUUCGACACCCAGCCAGUCCGGGAUCGCAUCUCCUGGACGGCGAUGGCCGCCGCGUUCGCGAGCAAUGGCUUCGCGCGAGAGGCGAUCCAUCUCGUGUGGAUCAUCAGCCUGGAGGGGCUCAGGGCGGACGAGGCGGCAUUCUCGAGCGUGCUGAGCGCCGCGAGCCGGGUGGGGAGAUUGGAGGACGCGAUCGAGUUCUUCGUCUCCAUGAUCGGCGAUCACGGGCUCGCCCCAGUUCGCGAGCAUUACUGCUGCGUCGUGGAUGGGCUCGCGCGCGCUGGGCGAUUGGCCGAUGCCGAGGAGCUCGUCGAGAGCAUGCCAUUCCUCCCCGGGGACACCGCUUGGGGAUCGCUGCUCACGGCGUCGAGGACCCAGCGCGAUCUGGAUCGCGGCGAGAGAUCCAGUGGAGAGAUGGGCGAUCUAGAUCCCAGUAAUGCCGCGCCCCUCAAGACCAUGUUUAAUAUAUACAAGGAGAAAGAUCAUCACCAUCUCUCAUAAUCAAUGCUUCUUCUUCCUUCUUU